CUCGAUCGUCCGUGAGAGUUCUCGUGCGUAACGUACCCAACCAAAGCGGGAAAGAAACCCGAAACUACUGCUCCCUCGUUCGACAUGAAGACGUUCGACAGUAUUGCGCCGGUGCUGCGACUGGCAGCCGUUGUGCUGGGUUUUGUCACAGUAGCGACUGCUCUGCCCCAACAAGCCAACUCAGUCAGCCCACGAAUUGCCGGUGGGGAGGAUGCGGCCGACGGACAGUUUCCCUUUCAGGUGGCCCUCAUCAACGAGGGGCUGGUGUACUGUGGCGGUACCGUCGUGAAUCGGCGAUGGAUACUGACGGCAGCUGCCUGCAUCACCGGAAAAGCCCUCUCGGAUGUGCAGCUGUUUGUUGGCAGCGCGGAUCGGCUUACCGGCGGGCGCAACGUAACCGCGGAACGGUUCGUCAUUCAUCCGGACUUUAACGCACAGACAUACGCGAACGAUAUCGCUCUCGUACGGAUGGCGGAAUCGCUCGCGUUCACCGGCAACGAGCUGCAGCCCAUCCGGCUGGCAACGGACUUCUUCGAGACGGCCACCAACGCGACCGUGUCCGGAUGGGGACGAUUCGCGAUUUCAAACAAUCAACUCCCAACCCGGCUGCAGUUCAUCCGCACGGACGUCAUCGGCAGCGAGGACUGUGCCGAGCAGUUCGAGGAGCCGUACCGUAGCCGAAUCUCCGACCGUACCAUCUGCACCAGCAACCAGGCUAACCAGGGCGUCUGCCUCGGCGAUGCCGGCGGUCCGCUCGUGCUGGACGGUGAGCUGGUCGGCGUGCAGUCCUGGAGCAUCCCGUGCGGUACCGGACUACCCGACGUGUAUGAGCGCGUUUCGCACCACCGGGCCUGGAUUUUGGCCAUCACGCUUCUGUAGAGUUGGAGUGGGAGUUUUCCUGGAGUGGCGCAGCGCGGCGUAGGGUUAAGUGGUUAAGUUCAUCUAUCUAUCUAUCUGUGUAGCUUUACUGUGUACGUAGGAGACGCUUGUUAGGACACGAAUUUGCCAGCGGUACAUCCGUCAAUAAAACACAGCGAGACUCUGUGCGUUUGACAGAA